UGCCCCGGAAGUAUUUCCCGUAGGAAAAAUGGCAGCGGUGCAAGCUGCCGGCUCGCUGCUUUGCAGCCAGCCUAGGGACUCGCCGCGGGAGCCGCCCCCUGAGCCCGGCGGUGGGUUCUACCGCUUGUCUGCCAGGCUCCGCGCACUGCGCCCAGAUGACAGCAGCUCCUGCCGCACUGAAAUCCACCUGCUCUUCGACCAGCUCAUCUCGGAGAACUACCGCGAGGGCGGCGGCGUGGCCCCUGAGGAUGUCAGUGCUCUUCUUGUUCAAGCUUGCCGACUGGUGCCUCCUAAUCAGAAUCAUCUUGUGAGCAAAGUAUCUAAGCUGAUCCAUCAUUUACUUAACAGAUUACAGGUGAUUGUUGAUGAACAGAACUUGGAUUUCUUGUUGUCGUAUACUAUUUCAGCUAUUCAGCAGUGUAGUUCGUGGACACACAUGGAAAUUCUUCAAGCCCUCGCAGCUCUGGUUUACUACAAUGGCUCAAACUGUCAAAAGUUUCUCCCGGACUUGCUAGGUAAGACUGGCCUCUUGCUGAAGAUGAGUGACUUGACUCAGUCUGACCCUGAAGUCAGGAGAGCUGCAGUGCAUUGUAUGGCAAACUUAUGUCUCAGUGUGCCAGGACAGCCAUAUUUGGAGGAGAGCUACCAAAAUAUUUGCUUCAAAGCUUUCUUGACCAUUUUACAGUCUUCAAAACCAUCUGAGAUGGAUGAUAUAAUAUACUGUAUGUUGUUACAGAAUGCAUUAAAGGGCAUACAAUCACUUCUAAAUGGUGGGAAAAUGAAGCUGACACAGACUGAUGAACUUGGAGCUCUUUUAGCUGUGCUGAAGAAAACCAUGUUUCAUGGACUCCCUGGACUAAACAUAGAGAUGCCCAUAGUGCUUUACCCAACUCCACUUCCUCAGUAUGAUGGGCGACCACCUGUCAAACCACAGCAGUCCGAACUGAGUGCUUCCCGACCAACUGCGAAUAAAAAGAAAAAAUCCAAGGUAAAACCAAAGAAAAUCCUGCAAGGAGAGGAGGAGGAAGAAGAAUCCAAUGAUGAAGCAGAAGCAGCUGUAGGCACUGGCACAGGCAGCAGGAACAUGUGCGAAGGAAGCACCCAGUGUCCCUCCUCUGUGGGUGUCCAGAGUUUACCUAGAAAUGAGAGCGGAACUUCUGGAAGAGCCCAAGUCUCCUCCCCUUUCAGGUCUUCCAGUUGGAAGAGAGUUAGCAGUAGUGAAUCGGACUAUUCUGAUGCAGAAGGAAGCAUGCAGGGUAAAGUGAGGUCAUACCAAGCCAAAGUUCGCCAAGGAGCAUUAGCUUGUUUUCUUUCUACAAUAAAGUCAAUAGAAAAAAAAGUUCUUUAUGGCUACUGGUCAGCCUUUGUUCCUGACACGCCAGAGGUUGGAAGCCCACAAUCUGUGUCCUUAAUUACACUGACCUUAAAAGAUCCUUCUCCAAAGACACGUGCCUGUGCGCUGCAAGUUUUAUCUGCCAUAUUAGAAGGCUCAAAGCAGUUUCUUUCUGUUGCUGAAGAUACCAGUGACCACAAAAGGGCUUUUAUUCCCGUUUCCGUAAUGAUCGCUUCCAGCAUUAGAGAGUUGCACAGGUGUCUUUUGUUAGCUUUGGUGGCAGAGUCAUCAUCACAGACCCUUACCCAGAUAAUUAAGUGCCUUGCAAAUUUAGUAUCAAAUGCACCUUAUAACCGCCUGAAACUGAGCCUGCUGACCAGAGUCUGGAAUCAGAUAAAGCCUUAUAUUCGCCACAAAGACGUUAAUGUUCGUGUGUCAAGUCUCACACUCUUGGGAGCUAUCGUGUCCACUCAUGCCCCUUUACCUGAAGUCCAGCUCCUCCUUCAGCAGCCCUGUACUUCUGGACUCAGCAAUAGCAACUCCGCAACUCCUCACCUCGGCACUCCUGAGUGGUGGAAGAAAGCCCCAGCAGGACCCUCUGUGGAAGAAGCAGCAGUGAGCUCUCCCAAGGGGGUCUCAGAGCCCUGCUGGCUCAUCCAGCUUUGCAUUUCCAUUCUCGUGCUGCCCAGGGAGGAUUCCUGCUCAAGUAGCGACACUGGCCCUGUGGCAGGCAGCACCUACGAACCCUCUCCCAUGCGACUGGAGGCCUUACAGGUAUUGGCUCACCUGGCCAGAGGCUACUUUCCAAUGGCUCAGGUCUACUUGAUGGAACUUGGUGAGGUGAUUUGCAAGUGCAUGGGCGAAGCAGAUCCAUCCAUUCAGCUUCAUGGAGCAAAGCUUCUGGAAGAGCUAGGUACAGGCAUAAUACAGCAGUAUAAACCAGAUUCAGCCGUACCACCUGGGCAGAGAGUACCAGUCUUCUUGGUGGUGAUGUUCUGGACUAUGAUGCUGAAUGGUCCUCUGCCUCGAGCCCUGCAGAGUUCAGAUCACCCAACGCUGCAGGCGAGCGCCUGUGAUGCCCUGUCUGCCAUCUUGCCGGAAGCCUUCAGCAGUCUUCCGAAUGACAGGCAGAUUUUGUGCAUCACAAUGCUGCUUGGGCUGAAUGACUGCAAGAACCGUCUAGUGAAAGCUGCGACCUCACGAGCUCUUGGAGUCUACGUGCUUUUUCCUUGUCUCAGACAGGACGUCAUAUUUGUUGCAGACACAGCAAAUGCAAUAUUGAUGUCACUUCAAGACAAAUCUCUGAAUGUCCGUGCCAAAGCAGCCUGGUCCCUGGGCAACCUGACAGACACUCUGAUAGUCAACAUGGAAACACCCGACCCAACUUUCCAAGAAGAGUUCUGUGGUCUCCUGCUCUUAAAAAUGUUGCGAGCAGCAAUUGAAGCCUCCAAGGACAAAGACAAGGUAAAAAGCAACGCUGUCCGGGCCCUUGGAAAUUUGCUUCAUUUUCUGCAACCAUUUCAUAUAGAAAAGCCCAGAUUUGCCGAAAUCAUUGAAGAAUCUAUCCAGGCCCUGAUUUCUACUGUUCUAAUUGAGGCUGCCAUGAAAGUUCGAUGGAAUGCUUGUUAUGCGAUGGGAAAUGUAUUUAAAAAUCCUGCCCUUCCGCUUGGCACAGCACCUUGGACCUCCCAGGCCUACAACGCCCUAACGCUGGUUGUGACCUCAUGCAAGAACUUUAAAGUGCGCAUCAGAUCAGCCACCGCCCUUUCUGUCCCAGGCAAGAGGGAGCAGUAUGGGUCUGUGGAGCAAUAUGUGCAGAUCUGGAACUCGCUGGUCAUUGCCUUACAGAAGAGUGAGGACACCACAGACUUUCUGGAAUUCAAGUACUGUGCCAGCCUUCGGACCCAAAUCUGCCAGGCAUUGAUUCAUCUUUUGAGCUUGGCCAGUGCCUCCGAUUUGCCCUACAUCAAAGAAGCCCUUGAACUGAAUGGGGAUAUGAUCCAAUCUUACAUCCUACAGUUCUUAAAAUCAGGAGCAGAGGGAGAGGAGUCUGGAGCAAACCACAGCCCACAGGAAAGAGACCAAAUGGUUGAAGUGGCCCUGGAACACAUAAGCAGUGUUCAGGCAAUGGCUGGGGACAAAGCCAAAAGGGCCAUUAUGGGCUUUUUAGAAGAUACCCUGACCAUCUAUUUUGAUUCUUGUGGAUCACAAGUAGCACUUCUAGGAUCAUCAAACCAGUGACUUGCUUUAUACUUUUCAGAUGUCAAAUAUUGUAGUAGAAAGACCUAAGCACACGCAUAGGAUAAUGUGGGGUUUAAUCACAGAAAUGAGCAGGCUGUCCACUGUUUGUUUAGAAUGGCUUAGCAGCUGUUCCAGCUCUGUUCAGAGGGCUUGGCCCUGUGAAGAAUCACUCUCCUGUCAUGGCCACAGGCAGAGGUGGUAGAGCCUCUGACCUGGGUAGCCAGGAAUCAGGGUGCAAUGUGGAAUCUGCAAAUGGGAAGGUUCUGCAGAAUGUUUAAUGCUGGGAAAUAAAUGAAUAAAAAGUAGAAGGCUAUAAGAAUUACAGUGUCUAACUGGGGGUCUAAUUUAGGCUUCCUCAUAAUGGUAAUAACAUUGAUAGGCUGCUUUUUAUGUACCAAGUAUUACAAAUCAUUACCUAGGUGCUUUAUUCUAAUGGUUUCAAAACUUGUACUGCCCUGUUAUAGACAAGCAUAUACAUUAUGCUUGUCUAUAAGUAUCAUAAUUUCUCUUUUAAUAUUCUACAUAUUAGAGAAGAUAUGAUACUGGUCUUUCCAAGCCUUGCUAAUUUUGUUUAAUGCAGUGUCCUAUGAUUCCAUCCAUUUUCUUGCAUCUUGUUCAUUUUUAUGCCUAAAUAAUAUUCUACUGUGUCUAUAUGCCUCAUUUUUAAAAUCUCAUCCAUCGAUGGGACCCUGGCUGCUUCCAUACCUUGGCCUAAUGAACUGUGCUGUGGUAAAUAUGGGUAAGGUGGAACACGGGUUUGCCUGGCUUUGGGAUAUGCCUGAGGGAUUAGUGGAGCACACUGCUGGGUGGGUCUAGGUGAGGGUGGAGAAGUGGCUUUGGAGUCUGUGGUCCCUCCUCCUUUCCUCUUCCGCACCGUUUCCCAGGAACUCAUCAGCUUUGCUGUGCCACGCCGUUCACCAUGCCCUUCCGCCAUGGUUCUCCUGCUGCGAAGCCUGCUGGCUGCCCUGAAACUGAACUGAAUUAAAUAAUGAGUGCCAGGUAUUGCAUCUUAUCAACAAAAAAGCUAAUACGGCUCUGUACCUCGGAGUGGUAUAGCUGGGGCACAUGGUGGUUCUGUUUUUAGUGUUUUUGAGGAGCCCCAUCUUGAUCUCUCAGUGGCUGUAUAAUUCACAUUCCCACCCACGUAUUUUUUCACAGUACUGAGAAUUGAACCCAAGGCCUUUGCGCUGAGCUGUAUCCACUGCCCCUUUGGUUUUUUGAGUUUUGAGACCAGGCUAGGCCCAACUUUCAGACCUCCUGACUCAGCCUCCCAAAGUGCUAGGAUUAGGGAUGUGUGCCACCACAUUCAGCUGUUUUUUGUGUGUUCUUUUUUCCAGUAUGUUUGUGGUCCAUGAAGUUUCCAUUCAUCUAGGUAGAUGGAUCCAUGUAUGUAACAGUUUCUUUAGUUUUCUUAAUCCCCUCCCUCUCCUGUCCUCCUCUCUCCCUCCCUCUUCCUCUGAAUACCCUUUCCCCAUUUCCAUUCUUACUGAUACUAUUAAUCUUAGUAUGUUUUUUAUAUUCUUGAUGCCAUUCUGACCAGGCUAAUGAUAUUGAAUAUUUUUUCAUAUACUUACUGGCUAUUGAUUCUUUGGGAAAUAUCUUCCAGUCAUUUGCCAUUUUAUUGAUUUGGGCUGUUUGAUUUGGGGGGCCAUUAAACUUUGAGUUCUUUAUGUUUAGAUACUAAUUCUCUAUGAGAAGAGUAGCUGGCCAAGAUUUUCUCCCACUCUGUAAGCUGUCCUUUUACUUUGUGGAUUGUUUCUUUUACUGUGUAAAAGCUUUUUAACUUGACGUAGUGCCAUGUGUUCAUUCUUGUUAUUACGUCCUGUGUUAUUACUAAAGUCAUUCUGAAAGUCUUUGCCUAUGUCUAUGACUUCAGAUGUUUCCCUUGGUUUCUUUACUAGCCGUUUCAAAAUUUCAGAUCUUAUUCCUAAAUUUUUUAAGUGAUUUUUCUACAAAGUGACAGAGACCUAGUUUCAAUUUUUUAUAGUAUAUGGGUGCCCAGUUUUCUCAGCACCACUUGUUAAAGAGGCUAUCUUUUCUCACAACAUACACUUUUGAUGCCUUUGUCAAGAAUAAGAUGGCUCUGGUGUAUGAGUUUGUUUUGUGUCUUUUGUUCCAUUGGUCUGCAUGUCUGUUUUUGUGCUGAUACCAUGUUGUUUUUGUUACUAUGGCUUUGUAGUGUAUUUUGAAGUUGGGUGUUGUCAUGCCUUCAGCACUGCUUUAUAAACAUGUACAUGCUUCAGUGCCACGUAAGGAAUGUAAACAUAAUUUUCUGCAAACAUGUACCAAAAAAAAGAAGAAGAAGUGGAUCGGAGAUGGAGGGAGAGAGGAAGGGAGGGAAGGGGAUGGAAAAAGGAACUAAGAUGUAUCCUGUACAUGUACCAACUCCACACAAGGAAAGUCAAUAUUAUACACUACAAACAUGUACUAAUAAAGAAAAUGGUCUGAAAAGAAGAAAAAACAUAUUCAUAGACACACUAAAAAUAAAAACUGAGCCAAAAUAAACCUGUCUUUCUUAAAUAAAAAUACAAUUAGCAUCCA